AGAAAAUCGACUUCGCUCUCUCUCUCUCUCUCUCUCUUGCAGUUACCAAUUCCCUGUGCCCUAAGCCCAAUUUUCUCCCUCUCAUUUCUCGACGCAGCGAAAGCGGAACCCUAGCGCUCAAAUCUCAAGCUCUCUGCUACUCUUGGCACACGCUCCAGCACUCAAGCUCUCUCCAAUCAAUUUCGGAUGGCAAGCGCUUGGACAAAUAUGAGCUUUGCAAUCAUACAUAGGGAUAUAGAGAGGGAGUGGGAGAAAUCAUUUUGGACUUAUGGGUAUUAUUUUUUAUUAUGGGAGAUUCUUGCUCACUCUCAGAAGAUCUAUACAUCUGCUAAAAUUCUGGAGAGGAUGAGGAGAUCAAAUUUUAUUUCACUAUAAAUAAUGCUUUGGAGCACCUUUGGAGCAAAUGAGCAAUGGAGCUUGUGGAGCACGGCUCACCUCGAGGAUUGCUCUCUUGUAAAAGGUUUGUAGCCGGAGUCUUCUGUUGUCAAAUAUGAGUGGCCGAUUUUCUCGUACGAUCUACGUUGGCAACCUUCCCUCAGAUAUAAAAGAAUGGGAGGUUGAAGAUCUAUUCUACAAGUAUGGCCGCAUAGUGGAUAUUGAACUGAAGAUUCCACCGCGUCCUCCAUGUUAUUCUUUUGUUGAGUUUGAGAGUUCUCGGGAUGCAGAAGAUGCAAUCAGGGGGCGUGAUGGGUAUAACUUUGAUGGGUGCCGUUUAAGGGUUGAACUUGCCCAUGGUGGUAGGGGCCCAUCUUCAAGUGAUCGUCGUGGUGGAUAUGACCGAGGCAGCAGUGGUGGAGGCAGUGGUGGGGGCCGGUUUGGUGUUUCACGUCAUUCUGAAUAUCGAGUUAUUGUUCGUAAUCUCCCUUCUUCAGCCUCGUGGCAAGACUUGAAGGAUCAUAUGCGUAAAGCUGGUGAUGUGUGUUUUGCUGAGGUUUCUCGUGACAGUGAAGGGACUUAUGGCUUAGUCGAUUACACAAAUUCUGAUGACAUGAAAUAUGCUAUCCGGAAGCUUGAUGAUACUGAAUUCAAAAAUCCUUGGGCAAGGACUCAUAUUCGGGUUAAAUAUUACGAUAGGAGUCCCUCAAGGAGUCGUAGUAGAAGUCGUAGCAGAAGCCGAAGUGUGAGAAGGAAUCGGAGCAAGUCGUUGGACCGAUCUGUAUCAAAAUCAGUAUCAAGAUCAGUAUCAAGAUCUAGGUCUCCAUCGCCGGUUAAAUCUUCCAGGCCACGAUCAAUAUCAAGGUCAAGGUCAAGGUCAAGGUCAGAAUCACCCCUAGCGGCUCGGUCCGGUAGUGCCUGAUUCUCUGGCAAGUCAUCCUCGCGGCGUUCUUGGGUGUUAGAUCCGCGAAGAUUUAUCAUAUCCGAGUGAACUUGUUGAAAAUUUUCGUUUUUAAGAACCUUGGUUAUCUUUGUUAUGGCGAGUAUGUGUGUUUUUGAUAAUGCUUAGUUAUUAUACAUUUAAGGAUUGCGUUAUGUUAAUUGAUAUGUUAUCUAGAAUACUUGGGUUGUGCUUUUGUGCUUGGCCCGUUUCCGGACAUAUUCCUUGGGCGUUAUAUCGUCGAAUUUUCUGUUGCUUGCUUCGGUGUUUUGAUUGUAUGUGGUUAAAACAAGACAUGAAUCUAUUGGUUAUGGAUGUUGUUGUUUGACGCUACAUGUAAUAUUAUCAUUUAAGCUC